AUGGCAUCUCCAGACACUGCCACGCCAGCCGCUUCACAGGUAAAUCAGCGGAUCGACUUUGCCACCUCGCCGGAGGAAUACCGGCACUGGCGGCUGGAGGUGGAUGACACCGUUGCCCGGUUGACGAUGCAGGUCCAAGAGGACGCACCGCUGUAUCCCGGCUACGAGCUGAAGCUGAACUCCUACGACCUUGGCGUGGACAUCGAACUUUAUGACGCGGUGCAGCGGCUGCGGUUCGAGCACCCUGAGGCGGACCACGCGCUGAAGGUGAACUUCUGCAAGUUCACCAAUGAGACGCGGAACUCCAUCGAAGACGCCAGUGCGCAUUCCGGGCAGCGGUACAUAUGCGCGGUCAAUUGGCCAGCGGCAGGCGGCGGCUAUGAGCUGGCGCUGGCCUGCGACCACAUCAUCCUGAUAGACGACGGGUCGAGCACCGUGGCGCUGCCGGAGCUGCCUCUGCUGGCGGUGCUGCCCGGCACCGGCGGCUUGACGCGGCUGGUGGACAAGAGGAGGGCGUACGAUGACCUGCUGCUUUCGAUAGGCGAAGACUGGCUGGCGCGAGAGAUCACGCUAUACCUGAAGCGCACUCUCAAGCGGCUGGACGUGAGCUCGCGAUCUCUCGUGGCCCUGGUGGAGCCAGGAAGCUGUUUCGCGGGAACUCUGCUGGAACUGGCGCUGGCCGCCGACCGUUGCUACAUGCUGGAUGGCGUUCUGGAUGACGACGAAGAGGCUCCCACGGUUCGGCUCACAGAAAUGAACUUCGGGCCGCUGCCGAUGGUUAACGGCGUGACACGGGCAGAAGGGCGGUUCCUGGACCCAGAGGAAUUGAGGGACCACAUCGGGCGCGACCUGGACGCGGAGGCAGCGCACGAUCUGGGCCUGGUAACGUUCAUUCCCGACGAUAUCGACUGGGAGGACGAAGUACACAGGAUCCCCAACAACGUGGGGCUGUCGGAUAACCGACGGCUGCAACGGGCGCUGGAGUCGUGGCAGGCCAACUACAUGAAGUGGUGGCACGACAUGGGGCCCGACGGAUCCACGAACUUUGACGUGUACCUGCGCACCGCGAUCAGCGUGGAGACGGACGGAUGGGCCAACUUCGGCUUCGUCAAGAUGCCGGAGUACCGGUGGGGGAUUUUCCUGGCGAAGCCCGACAGCGACCGGGUGAUUUCGUUCGGCGACCACCGGGGCGAGCCGGUUUGGCAGGAGGUCCCGGGAGAGUAUCGGGCACCGUUGCGUCGGCUGAUCGUGACGCAGGGCGACACGGAGCCGGCGUCGGUGGAGCAGCAGCGGCGGCUGGGGCUGACCUGCCCAUCGCUCUACGACCUGCGCAACCUGUUCCAGAUCAACGUGGAGGAAGGGCGCCACCUGUGGGCGAUGGUCUACCUGCUGCACGCAUACUUCGGCCGGGACGGGCGCGAGGAGGCCGAAGCGAUGCUGGAGCGUCACUCGGGAGACGCCGACCGUCCGCGCAUCCUGGGGGCCUUCAACGAGGAGACGCCCAACGGCUGUCGUACCUGA